UUUUUAUCUUAUCAUUCAUAUUAAAAUAAUAUUUUAUAUUUUUUUUCUUAUUAGAAUAUAUUUGUUAUUUUUAUUAUUAUUAUUAAAAAAAGUAAAAAAAAUUGCAAAUUCAAAGACAUUCUAUACAUGAGCAGCAUUGAUUUAAAUGAUUAAAAACUUUGAUCGUGGAAAUUUAUAAUAAUAAUGCCUAUACGUUUAAACUUAAAAAAAUGGAUUGCUGGAUGUGGUGUAAUAGGUGGUGCAAUGCUUUUUUAUCCAAAUGAUAACGAUCAUGUUCAAUCAUCACAAAAACAACAUUCUUGGAUAACACCUUCAUCUUGGGGCAGAUGGGAUCAUAAUUGGGAUAGACGACAUCCAGAGUGGUUAGCAAACGUAGCUAAAUCAGAUGAUGAAACUGAUAAAGAAUCACGUAAAAAAAGAUCAAUUAAGAAAUCAAAUGUGAAACAUCACAUAAUUUUAAUUCGUCAUGGACAAUAUAAUACAAAAGGCAAAACAGAUUCGGAUCGAACACUUACAACUCUUGGUAGACAACAAGCAGAGGCAACAGGAAAGAGAUUACAGGAAUUAGGACUACCAUAUUCCUUAAUUGUACAAUCAACAAUAAUUCGAGCUAAAGAAACUGCUAAAAUUAUAGAAAAAUAUCUUAAAGAUAUUACACUUAAAGAAGAUUCUGUACUUAGUGAAGGUAUGCCAAUUGCACCUGAUCCUCCAAUUAAUGUUUGGAAUUCUGAAGUAGUUGUUUAUGAAGAUGGACCUAGAAUAGAAGCUGCAUUUAGAAAAUAUUUUCAUCGUCCAGAACCUAGUCAGGAAAAAGAUUCAUAUGUUAUUCUUGUUUGCCAUGCAAACGUUAUUAGAUAUUUUGUUUGUCGAGCAUUGCAAUUUCCACCUGAAGGUUGGUUACGUUUAAGUUUAAAUCAUGGAAGUAUUACAUGGGUAUCUAUUCGUCCUAAUGGAAGGGUAACAUUAAGAAGUUUAGGCGAUAGUGGACAUAUGGAACCACAGCUUAUUUCAUCUUAUUAAAUCAUAUAAUUUAUUUAUUCGUUUAAUAAUGAAAUAUUUAAAUCAUGCAAUUUAUGAUUUGCUAAAAAUUAAAUAUUUUUAAUUAUUUAUUCAUAAAACCAUUAAUAUCAUAUUUUCAAAAAAUUUUUAUAUUUGCAUAAAAUAAUAUUUUUUAAAAAAAUUAUAUGCAAUGCAUAGAAUAUUUUGAAAAUAAGGAAAAAUAAAUGUAUAUGAUUUUAUUAUUGUGCAUUAGCAUUAUAGAAGUUAAAUAAUGUAUUGUAACCAUAAUGUGCCAUCAUUUAUUUUUGUGUAUAAAAAUUUAUAUAUUAUAAUAUUGAUAACAUUUUUCCAGAUUACAGUGUAUCAUUAAUAUAAUUUCUAUACAAUAGUUUACUUAAUUAUUUUAUUACAUACAUACCUAUUAUAUUAAAAAGAAAAAUCUUAUAUUUUAUAUUAUAAAUGUGUUUUUUAUCAGAAUUAUGUAAAAUCCUAAUAUACUGCUGAAUGCUUUUUAAGUAUUAAUUUUUUAUUUUUACAUACUUUAUAAAUACAUUAAAUUAUGCAAUUGACAAUCUCAUAGAUUUCCUAGAGUAAUAUCUUUGCAAUGCUGCUUCAAAUUCAGGACCAAUUGUUCUUUUUUCCCAAAUUUUAGAUCGUUCUUUUUUUUCUGCUUCUAUUUUUGCUUUUAAACUAAUAGUUUUUCUUUCGAUUUCAUCAUUAUUUUCAGAUUUUUCUAAUAUUUUAUCAUCAUCUUUUGAAUUGAAAGUAUUUUCUAUUUUAAUUUCAUUAAGAUUUCCUUCAGAUUUAAUAUUUUCAGUUUGUUGCUUUUGUCUUUUAGUAUCACAUUCUAUUUCUGCAGUUUCUUUUUCAAUAUUUUUACGCUUUUCAGGUAAAAUAAUGUUUACUUUAUUUUCCAUUUUUGCUUCAAUUUCAAUUUCUGUGUCACUGUCUUCUUCUACUCUUCUUUGCCUAUAUUGUCUAUUUCUUUUUAUUUCUUUAUUUUUAAUUUGUUCUUUAUUUACAGCAUUAUCUGUUUGUUUAGUUAUAUUAUUUAAAUCACUUUCAUCAUUAUUUAUAUUGUUUUUGAUUUCAGAUUUCUCUGAAGAUUGAAUAGUCUGUACAUACAAAUGUCUGUAAAAUCCUGACAUAUCUUGCUGUUUCUUAACAUCUGCAAUAGCUUCUAAUUUAUCCAUUCUAUUUUCUUCUUCUUCCAUUCUUUUAAAUUCUUCUAAUUUUGCUCUAUAAGCAGAAGUAACAAAACUUUCUUUAUCUGCAUACAUUGUUCCCUCUGCUUCUCGUUCUUUUUGAACCAUUCUUUCUAUUCUAUAUUCUUGUUCUUUUUUUCUUCGUUCAGCAGCUUUUAAAAGAUUUUGAAUAUAUUUUGGUUUCUUUUUUUCAUCUUUUGUAAUUUUAGAUUGAUCUUUUUUUCUUUCUAUAUCAUCAUAUACUUCAUCAUAUUGAAAUAUUGUUGGGUUUUCUUUUAAUGCUUUUUGCAUAUUUAAUUUUAUUUGUUUUUUUAUUUUGUUUUUUUCUCCUUCUGCCUGAAGAGCUUUUUUAACCCAAUCUGUACCAUCUUCUUCAUCUGAGUCAUUACUAUCACCAAAUAUAUUGUUAACCCUUGGAGUAAUAUGUUGUUUUUUAGAUAAAAUUAAACCAUAU